AAAAAAAAAGGAAAGGAAGAAAAACGCGUUUUCUCAAAAGAACAGAGUUGAAUCUUCUCUUUCUUCACCGUCUUCGUCUCUGUCUCUCUCUCUGUCUCUGUCUCUCACUUUUUCUCUCCAAAGAACCAAAAAUUAGGGUUAGGGUUUUCACAGAAGAAAAAGAAGAAAACCCUAAUCUUUGCUGUGCAAGUGAAGGUAUAGGGUGGGUUCAACUGAGAGUGUUUUUGGAUACCCUUUUGGGUGUUCUGAAAUGGGUUCCUCUUCGUUUUCCUCUUCAGUGAUCAAAUGGCACUUUUUUCACAAACCCAUGUCUCCAAUACUUGUUCUACUGAAGUUUAUGUUUCUCCUAUGGGCUUUCUCUCUUUCUCAAAAAGGUUUCGUCUUUGCCGAUUCAGACAAAUCGGUGCUCCUCCAGUUGAAGAACUCGGUCUCUGACCCAUCAGCUUUGCUCUCUACUUGGGACUCUGAUGAUCACUGCUCGUGGUUCGGUGUCUCCUGCGACUAUAAUUCCCGUGUAGUUUCACUGAACAUUACUGGGAAUGAGCACAAAGGUAAUUCUUGUUCAAACUUUGCUCAAUUUCCGCUUUAUGGGUUUGGGACUAGGAUUGACUGUUGGACUAGUAGUGGAAAAUUGGUUGGGAAACUGUUGCCUGUGAUUGCUCAGCUUACUGAGCUUAGGAUUUUGUCACUGCCCUUUAAUGGUUUUCAUGGUGAAAUUCCUGCUGAUAUUUGGGGUAUGGAAAAGCUUGAGGUUAUUGAUCUAGAGGGAAAUUCAGUAAAUGGGUCGAUUCCGGGCCAGUUCUACGGGUUGAGGAAUUUGCGGGUUUUGAAUCUUGGGUUUAAUAGGAUUGUUGGGGAGAUACCCAGCUCGCUUUCGAGUUGUGUCAGGUUAGAGAUCUUGAAUUUAGCGGGAAAUCAUGUGAACGGGACCAUUCCGGGGUUUGUUGGCGGGUUGAGAGGGGUGUAUCUGUCGUUUAAUCGGCUUAGCGGGGACAUUCCUAGUAAGAUUGGGGAGAAUUGUGGGAAGCUUGAGCAUUUGGACUUUUCGGGUAAUUUCUUGGUUGGUGGAAUUCCAAGGAGUUUGGGGAGUUGUGGUCAGUUGCAAUCGCUUUUGUUGUAUUCGAAUAUGUUGGAAGAGGUUCUUCCGGCUGAACUGGGCCGGCUUCAGAAGCUUCAAGUAUUGGAUGUUUCGAGGAAUAGUUUGAGUGGUUCGAUACCUUCUGAGCUUGGCAAUUGUUCUCAAUUGUCUGCCCUUGUACUAUCAAAUCUGUUUGAUCCACUUCCGCAAGUUAAUAACACAAAAGAGGACUCUUUGAUGGACCAACUGGGUUCAUCAAAUGAUGAUUUUAAUUAUUUCCAAGGUACAAUUCCUGUGGAAAUUAUAAUGCUUCCUAAGCUGAGAGUAUUAUGGGCACCUAGGGCAACUCUUGAGGGCAGGUUCCCAAUCAGUUGGGGUGCUUGUGAGAACUUAGAGAUGAUCAAUCUGGCUCAGAACUAUUUCACUGGGGAAGUUUCUGACGGGCUCAGCCGCUGCAAGAAGCUGCAAUUUCUUGACAUAAGCUCAAACAGGCUUUCUGGGGAGCUUUUGGAGGGACUUCCAGUUCCUUGUAUGACUGUAUUUGAUGUCAGUGGGAAUGCCUUGUCAGGUAUGAUCCCCAAAUUUUAUAACAGCACUUGUCCUCCCGUUCCUUCCUCAAAUGGAAGUCCUUCCAAACCUGGCAGUGACCUAUCCACUCUGUAUCUAUCAUUUUUUAAUUCUAAAGCCCUAGUUGGAACUCCUUCUCAGUCACUUGGAGAAGAAAGUGGUCUUGCAAUAUAUCACAAUUUUGGACACAAUAACUUUACUGGCACUAUCCAGUAUAUGCCAAUUGCACCUGAAAGACUAGGAAAGCAGACUGUUUACUCAUUUCUUGCUGGAGGAAACAAGCUUGCUGGACCAUUUCCUACCAACUUGUUUGAGAAGUGUGAAGGAUUGGAUGCACUGAUUGUCAAUGUUAGCAACAACAAUAUAUCUGGUUCAAUUCCAGCUCAAAUUGGUACUGCCUGCAAAUCUCUUAAAAUUUUGGAUGCAUCUGUAAAUCAGAUUACUGGACCCAUUCCCCAGGGUUUCGGAGAGAUGGUGUCACUUGUUGCCCUUAAUUUCAGUCGGAACCUGUUGCAAGGUCAAAUUCCAACCAGUCUUGGUCUGAUGAGGGACCAGAAGUAUCUCUCUUUGGCUGGUAAUAACCUCACUGGCUCCGUUCCUUCCAGCUUGGGGCAGUUGCAGUCUUUGGAAGAGCUGGACCUUUCUUCAAACUCACUCACUGGGGAAAUUCCGAAGGAUCUUGUAAACUUGAAACGGCUGACUGUUCUGCUGCUUAACAACAAUAAUCUCUCUGGGCAGAUCCCCGCUGAUUUGGCCAAAGUAACCAUGCUCUCAGCAUUCAAUGUUUCCUUCAAUAAUUUGUCUGGUUCAUUGCCAUCAAAUAAUAACUCAAUGAAAUGCAGUAGUGCUCUCGGUAAUCCAUAUCUGCGGCCUUGCCGUAUGUAUAAUUUGGCUGUGCCAUCUUCAGAUCUGCAAGGAAGUGAUGGCAAUCCACAACCUGUUAUUGCUAGUCCACCAUCAGGAGAUACAAACCAAGGAAGUGGGAGUUCUGGUUUCAAUUCAAUUGAGAUAGCAUCCAUAACAUCUGCCUCAGCCAUUGUUUCAGUUCUUAUUGCUCUGAUCAUCCUGUUCUUCUAUACCCGAAAGUGGAACCCAAAGUCCAAAGUUACUGGGUCUGUUAGAAAGGAAGUAAUUCCUUUUACAGACAUUGGGGUUCCAUUGACCUUUGAAGGUGUUGUACGGGCUACAGCAAAUUUCAAUGCAAGCAACUGCAUUGGGAAUGGAGGUUUUGGGGCAACCUACAAGGCAGAGAUCUCCCCUGGAGUCCUAGUGGCUAUAAAACGGCUUGCAGUUGGAAGGUUCCAAGGCAUUGAACAGUUCCGUGCAGAAAUUAAAACUCUUGGAAGGCUCCGCCAUCCAAAUCUUGUCACCUUGAUAGGUUACCAUGCCAGUGAAACAGAGAUGUUCCUUAUCUAUAAUUAUUUGCCAGGUGGUAAUUUGGAAAAGUUUAUCCAGGAAAGGUCCACAAGGGCAGUGGAUUGGAGGAUACUUCACAAGAUUGCACUGGAUAUAGCCCGUGCACUUGCCUACUUACAUGAUCAGUGUGUACCACGGGUGCUCCACCGUGAUGUCAAGCCCAGCAAUAUUCUGUUGGAUGAUGAUUUCAAUGCUUAUCUCUCUGACUUUGGAUUGGCCAGGCUAUUGGGAACUUCAGAAACCCAUGCUACCACUGGUGUGGCUGGAACUUUUGGUUAUGUUGCUCCAGAAUAUGCAAUGACUUGCCGUGUUUCCGAUAAGGCCGAUGUGUACAGUUAUGGUGUGGUGCUUCUUGAGUUACUCUCUGACAAGAAAGCUCUAGAUCCUUCAUUCUCUUCAUAUGGGAAUGGCUUCAAUAUUGUUGCUUGGGCAUGUAUGCUCCUGCGUCAGGGCCGCGCAAAGGAGUUCUUUACUGCUGGGUUAUGGGAUGCAGGUCCCCAUGAUGAUUUAGUAGAAGUUUUACACUUGGCAGUUGUGUGUACGGUCGAUUCUCUCUCUACGAGGCCAACAAUGAAGCAAGUUGUACGACGGCUUAAGCAACUUCAACCCCCAUCAUGUUAGGCGCCUGGUGAGACUUUCAAUUAUUAACAUAGCAAUUUGUAGAAGGUAAGCCCCAUUGUAAUUUGUGCUUGUGCACGUGGUGGUCUUCGUGCCCUUAGCUUGAGUUCUAAAUUGUAGUUAAUCCACUUGUAAAUUGUAAUAUAGUUUUGCCCCCAUUUUUUCAAGUUACUUCCCUGAUUGGGGGGCUUCCUGAUGAAUCUGCAGAAGAAUGCAGAUAUUGUUUUCCACGUUAUAUACUUGUACUUCAGGUUUAUUUGUUGUUUAAUAAAACCAUAGAAUAGAAGAAAUAUUGCUGGGAAA